AUGGGGCUUCUACUGCUGAGCCUGAUUCUCCGGUACUGGAUCAACACCGUGGAGGGAUCCUGUUCGGCUGGCAGCGCUGUGAGCUGUGAUGAGUGUCUGCAGCUCAGUCCUCUCUGUGCCUGGUGCACUCAGGAGAAUUUCACAGACUGGCUCUCGGUCUCUGAGAGGUGCGACACGCUGGACGGCCUGUUAGAGAAAGGAUGCUCCGCGGACCGCGUCGAGUUCCCCGUUUCCAGAGUGCAAAUCCUCCAGGAUCUCCCUCUCGGGAAGAAGACGAGCAACCCCAACAGCACUCAGAUCUCCCCGCAAAGAAUGGCCCUCAAGCUGCGGCCUGGCAGUGAGGUGACUUUCCAGGUCAAAGUUCAGCACACGGAAGACUAUCCCGUGGACAUCUACUACUUGAUGGACCUGUCGGCGUCCAUGAUCGACGACCUGGAGACAAUCAGGGACUUGGGCUCCUCUCUCUCUAAAGAGAUGGCCAGCCUCACGAGUAAAUUUCGAAUGGGAUUCGGCUCGUUUGUGGAGAAGCCUGUGCUUCCCUUCAUAAAGAUCACAAAGGACAUGCUGAGCAACCCAUGCAGUGAUGUGCGCUCAACCUGCCAGCCAACGUUUGGCUACAAACACGUCCUGUCUCUGACCAGCAGAACCGACAGGUUCAACGAGAUCAUCGCCAGCCAGCGCGUGUCCGCCAACCUGGACGAACCCGAGUGCGGCUUCGAUGCCGUCCUGCAGGCCGCAGUGUGCGGGGACAGGAUCGGAUGGAGGAAUGAUUCAAUGCGUCUGCUGGUGUUUGUCAGUGAUGCUGACUCACACUUUGGGAUGGACAGUAAGAUGGCGGGCAUCGUGAUUCCCAAUGAUGGGAAGUGUCACCUGGAUGCCAACAACGAAUACUUCAUGUCCACAGAGCAGGAAUAUCCAACACUGAGCCAGCUGAUCGAUAAAGUGGUCGAGAACAACAUCCUGCUGAUAUUCGCUGUGACGGAAAAGCAGAUAAACACCUACAAGAACUAUGCAAACCUCAUACCUGGCGCCACCGUUGGAAUCCUGGCGACCGAUUCGAGGAACAUCCUGGAGCUGAUCGUAACAGCGUAUAAAGAGCUGCGCUCAGAGAUCGAGCUGGAGGCGCUCGGGGACACAGAGGAUCUGCAGAUGUCCUUCACAACUAUUUGCCCAAACGGAACUGUGUUUCCUGAUCUAAAACACUGCUCCAACAUCAAACCAGGAGAGACGGUGGUGUUUAACGUGACCGUGGGCCUCCCGGGAUGCCUGUCAGGAGUGCGACACUUCUCCCUCAAACCUGUGGGCCUGCAGGACGUCUUGGAGGUGGAGCUGGACUUCCUCUGCUCGUGCGACUGCCGGCCGCCUCCUCCGGGAAAUGGCAGCCGGUGCAGCGAGGGCCAGGGCAGCUUCCGGUGCGGCGUGUGCGUGUGCCAGCCGGGGUUCCUGGGAGCCCGGUGCGAAUGCAACGAGGAGAACGCCCUAUUGAGCGGCUGCCUGGCCACCAACGACUCCCAGAUCUGCAACGGCCAGGGUCACUGUUACUGCGGCCAGUGCGUGUGUCACGCGUCCAGCUUCGGCCGGAUCUACGGGCCCUACUGCGAGUGCGACAAUUACUCCUGCGUCCGCUUCCGCGGGGAGCUCUGCGGAGGUGACGCCAGCACCGAGAGCUGCGCGUCGGAGGACGGCGGGCUGUGCAGCGGCAGGGGGAAAUGCGUGUGCGGCCAGUGCGUCUGCUCUGUGCCCGGGGCGUCCGGGGACAAGUGUGAGAAGUGCCCAACGUGCGGAGAUUCCUGCAGCACCGCGAGGGGCUGUGUGGAGUGCCACCUCCAGGAGAAGAAUGAUCCUGGGUUGUGUGAUCAAAUGUGUAGCUUUGCCAAAAUAUCCACCAACAGAACAGCAGAUUAUGACAAGAACCAUUCUAAGCCGUGCACGCUAAUGAUGGAAAAUGAGUGCUUGGUGUCUUUCAGUGUGGUAGAAGGAGAGACGUGGUCAACUGUCUACAAUUUACAGAUGUAUGACUGCCCAGAGCCUCCAAACAUCCCCAUGAUUAUUCUGGGGGUGUCCCUCUCUGUCGUGUGUAUCGGCCUGAUCCUGCUGGCUGUGUGGAGAGUGCUGAUAUCACUCCAUGACCAGAAAGAGGUGGCCAGGUUUGAGGCGGAGAGGUCAAAGGCAAAAUGGCAGACGGUAAGACUUUGA